AUGCCGUUAGCAGCCAUAACACCUGUUCUAAACGACUUACUUAAGAAAGAAGGUGCGUGUCCAGCACCCUAUCCUCAACAUUUAGCUCAACAUCGUCAGUCGAACGCAAGUGAAACGUUAACGACAAGUGAUUACCUGCGAGGACCAUCGAUUAGUCCUAAUCAAUUGCCAUCUUCGCCGUCAAAUGAUGAUAGUCUAAAGCGACAAUCAAGUCCUGGCGGCAGAUCAAACAAAGGAUUGACACGAGAAGAUUCUUUCCUACAAAGAUUUUCUAAUCGAUAUGGCUAUCGAAAUCCUGUUAAACGAAAUCUUCGAUUAAACAGUGAAAAAGAUGAACCGAUCAAAACUCGUUCUGCGUUUCUGCGACGGAUCUUACGGGCGUGUAAUUACUUUGUUAUAUCAACCGACGAAUCAUUCUUAUUCUAUUGGUUAAUACUAUUGAAUAUUUUUGUUUUGUAUAAUUUAUGGUUUUCAAUUGCUCGGCAAGCAUUUGAACCAUUGCAAACAGAUUAUGAGAAUAUCUGGCGAAUUCUCGACUACAUAGCCGAUUCCAUGUACUUCGUCGAUAUUUUCAUUCAAUUUCGUACCGGUUAUCUCGAGCAAGGCUUACUUGUUUACAAUCAUAUGAAGCUUGCUAUGAAUUACAUACGUUCAUCUCGUUUCCUCUUCGAUAUUCUAUCAUUAACACCAUUGGAUUUACUUCAAAUCAAAUUCGGCAGCAUUCCGAUUCUUCGAUUUCCGCGAUUUUUCAAACUCUAUCGAACAUUUCAACUCUACUAUUAUCAAGAAUCACGUACUAUCUAUCCGAAUACCUAUCGAGUGCUAAAUCUACUUCAUAUACUUCUUCUCUUGGGACAUUGGUUGGCUUCCUUCUAUUUUAUGGUAUCGAAAGCAGAGGGUUUUGUUGGAUUUUGGUCUUACCCAAAGCCCGUAGGAAAUUUUUCUCAAAUAGCAAGGAUGUAUCUUCGCUGUCUCUAUUGGUCAACAUUAACAUUGACAACUAUUGGAGAUUUACCACCACCAGAAACGAACUGGCAAUGGCUCAAAAACUUUUCGAACAGACGUCAAAAGUCAGUUACACACCGUCUUGUUCCUUUAUUUUUGAGGGCUGUUUUCGCUAUUUGUGGUUAUAUGAGUGGAAUAUUUGUUUAUUCGAUUAUUAUAGGACAAGUCGGUAAUGUGAUUACUAAUCGAAAUGCAAGUCGAUUGGAAUUCGAACGUUUACUGGAUAGUGCAAAACAGUACAUGCGAACACAUAAUGUGCCACCAGAAAUGCAACGGCGGGUGCAACGUUGGUAUAAUUAUUCUUGGUCACGUGGUCGAAUGUCUGGUGCCGGAGAUGUUCAUUCAAUAAAACUUUUACCAGAUAAACUGAAAACCGAGUUGGCAUUACAUGUUAAUUUGGGUACUUUGAAAAAGGUGACAAUCUUUCACGAGUGUCAACCCGAAUUUCUUCAUGAUCUUGUCCUGAAAAUGCGUGCGUAUAUAUUUACACCUGGCGAUGUUAUCUGUCGGAAAGGGGAAGUUGCGCGUGAAAUGUUCAUCAUUGCCGACGGUGUGCUCGAAGUUGUCAAUGACAAAAAUGAUGUUCUCACUCGUUUGGUCGCAGGUGAUUUUUUCGGUGAAAUCGGAAUUUUAAAUAUCGAUGGUGCUAAUCGGCGGACAGCCGAUGUUCGCAGUGUUGGUUAUUCUGAACUAUUUUCUCUUUCAAAAGAAGAUGUUCUCGAAGGUUGUCGAGAUUAUCCCGAAGCUGAACGUAAACUGUACGAAUAUGCUCAAAAUCGACUCGGAGUGGAAAAAGCGAAGAAAGAAGCAGCUGAGCAGAUUAAAAGUCCGUUCAAUACCUUGACAUCGAUUGCAUCGUGUCUCACGAAUCCGAUCACAACAGCCCAAGCCGCACUACCAUCCAUUGAAGAAUUCAAUGAGAAAGACAUAGUAACUGAAAAUGAAACGGAUAAAACGUUGAGCUAUCUUUCGAAUCGAAGAGCUUCGUUGAAAUCGAAAUUGAAAAAUUCACCAUCUAGCCUACCGAAUCCUAACUGUGAUAGUCUAAACCAACCGUUGAUCAAUCCACUUACAUCAUCGUCUUCAUCGAAUUUCUCUCUAAUUCAAUGCAUGCGUCCUAGUUCAAAUGAUUUAAUCGGUGAUAUCGAAUUAUUGAUCAACGAUAAACUGCGAGCUGUAGACGAAUCCUAUCGACAAAAAAUUGCUGAAUUACAAGAGGGCAACGAACGAAAAGAUCUACGAAUUGAAUUACUAGAACAAAAGUUACAGAAAUUACGAAGAACUUUAUUCAAUCGCACUCGGAUCUGGUUCGAAGAAGAUUAA